AUGAGCCGUCCGGAAGAAGGGUUCGACUUGCAAUUAUAUCUUUCCGUGUCCGGUCAUUCGGUAAGUGCCGCCCUCAUACAAGAAACACCGGUAUUUAAACUCAUCUAUUUUGUUAGCAGAACCUUGCAAGGAGCCGAGGAACGAUAUUCACAGGUGGAGAAGGUGGCAUUGGCCUUUCUUACUGCGGCCUGGCGGCUUCGCCCCUAUUUUCAAAGCCAUCAAGUUGUCGUCCGAACCAAUCACCCUGUCGCCAGGAUCCUCAGGAAACCGGACUUAGCCGGAAGGAUGGUUUCCUGGUCCAUUGAAUUAUCCGAAUUCGGCUUACGCUUCGAGCCACAAGGCUCUAUCAAAGGACAACAUUUGGCAGAUUUCGCAGCCGAGUUACCCCUUGCAACAGAACCGUCCGUGUGGAAUUUGAACGUUGACGGAUCUUUAGACAAACGAGGAGCAGGAGCCGGAAUAGUAUUGGAGGGACCCAACGGUCUUCUUGUCGAGCAGGCCAUAUCUUUCACGUUCCAGCUCAGUAACAAUCAGGCAGAGUAUGAAGCUCUCAUCAGCGGAUUACUCCUGGCGGCAGAACUGGACAUCCAACACUUAGAAUGCCGAAUGGAUUCUCAAUUGGUUGUGGGGCACAUUAACGGUACUUUCCAGGUCAAAGACAACCAUCUGUUGCGAUACUACCACAAAGUCAGCGACCUUAUUAAAGCGUUCGACACUUUCAGAAUUAUUCAUGUACCUAGGGAGCAAAAUUCCCGAGCAGAUUUACUCUCCAAGCUAACACAUAGCCGAGGGAAUUCCCAAAUUACCUCGGUAAUCAAAACCAAGCUAGAACAACCCCUUUUGGAGACGUGCACCACCAGUAUUACUCCUCCCACAACUGAUUGGCGGCAGGAUAUAAUACAGCUGAUAAUCCAGCAAGAGCAAGGUGCUCGGGUGAGUGCGACUGAUUCUAAACGAAUUGCUCGCUUCACAUUCGUAGGAGAUGAUCUUUAUCGAUGCGGAUACACUACGCCUUUGUUGAAGUGUUUAUCCGGCGAAGAAGCCAAGUACGUCAUGCAAGAACUGCAUCAUGGAAUUUGCGGCUCUCAUUCAGGAAAGAGAACACUCAGAGCCAAGAUAUUACGAGCAGGUUUUUACUGGCCCACCAUUGAACAAGAUUGUAAGGAGUUUGUUCAAAAAUGCAUUUCCUGCCAAUCCCACGGACAUGAUACUCGGAUCCCUUCAUCCGAAUUAAUGGCCAUCAUAGCCCCGUGGCUGUUCGCACAAUGGGGGAUGGAUAUAACUGGACCCCUACCGCUCGCAAAAGGACAAUGCAAAUACCUUUUGGUGGCAAUCGAUUACUUCACCAAGUGGAUCGAAGCAGAGGCCCUUGCAACAAGAUAUGACUCUCAAUGA